CAUCACCAUCUCUCCUCAGUUGUUCCGAGUUAGAUCUCUCCUUUAAAACCCCGCCACCAAAUACGAAAAAGACAAUAAUUGUUGCAUUUACAAAAUGUUCCCCUCACCCAACUGCAACAACUCCUUGCUCAAAACAAGCCCAUCAUUAUCCUCACCAUCACCAUCCGAUCAAAAUCCUUACCUUAAACACGACAACAUCCUCUUCAACUUCCCCUCUCCCUUCCUCGACGAGCACGAAUCGCCCUUGGAUCAAAUCUUUUACCAAAGCCACCUCGCCGAUCAUCACAAGGUAGCCAACCCCGAGAAGUUGAAAACCGAUCAUGAUCAGAUCCCCACUCCUCCUCCGAGGCGGAGGAAGGCCGGGAAGAAGGACCGGCACAGCAAGAUAUGCACGGCGCAGGGGAUCAGGGAUAGGAGAAUGCGCCUCUCUCUGCAAGUUGCUCGGAAAUUCUUCGAUCUUCAAGAUAUGCUCGGCUACGACAAAGCCAGCAAGACCAUAGAGUGGCUCUUCACGCAGUCAAACAAGGCGAUUAAGGAGCUCCACUCGCCUCCGCCUCCUCCUGCUCCGCUGCUGCCAAACAACAGCGACGUGAAGAGCGAGUCCGAGUGCGAAGAUCAAUCCGGAAUCGAGGAGAUCAUCGCUCCCAUCACUGCGGAUCGGGCCAAGGCAUCGAGGGAGAAGGCGAGGGCGAGGGCAAGGUGUCGGACGCGAGAGAAGAUGAUGGUGAAACGCCUCCGUAUGUGUGGAAACCCUAAUCCAUUUGAAGGAGGAGUCAAUUCGGAAAUUAGGGUUUCUCAGUCGGACGUGGGAAUGAUUGAUGACAAGUAUUUGGGGAAUUGUGAGUAUCAGUGCGCAGUGUCGGAUCCGAGUUUGGUUGGAUUUAUUGGGAAUUGGGAUGUGUUAUCGAAUUGCUUUCACUAUUCGGUUGGGAAUCAUGUUUCUACUGCUGCAGGUAAUCUUAACUCACUUUUCUCCUCGCCCACGCCAGAAUUUCCAUGAUAAUUUAGCAUCUUUUUUUUUUUGUUUGUUUAAUCUUGCUUUGCUCACCAUUUGUAUAUUAUUCAAGUAUGGAUUUCUGAGGAGUUUAUAUCUAUCUAUACAGUGCUUUAAUGUUGUAUCAAUGGAGCAUUACUUAA